GACUUCCGUUUCCGAAUCUACACUCUCGGCGCAGGGGUCCAGUAUUGUAGAUUCCGUGAGGAGUAUUGUCCAUCCUGCAAGUGCUACUUCGUCGGCAAUUGGAUGUACAAGAAGAAUGCGGGCAUCGGCGGUCGCGCAAACUUCGGCAAGAUGUCUGGCAUCACCGCCGUGUCCACGAAGGCGGCCUUGCCGUACGUCGUGGUGGCCCGGGAGAAAGCGUGGUACGCGGUGGACCUGCAGCUGUUGCAGUUCAUAACUGAUGAUUUGCAACACAGCGGAGGCACGUUCACAUCUGCCAUCCACGUGUGGGCCAAGCAGCACCCAGGGCGCGAGCAGCAAAACCUCAUCCUGGGCGACUUCAUGACGCAGACAGACAACACGCGCGUGCGUCUGGAGGACGCCUGGUACAUGCACAAUGCAAUUCGUCUGGCAGGAGCCAACGCUGAGAGUAUUGAGUGGUCUUUCACGGAGAGCGGAAUAGAGCGCGCCCUUACGAAUAUUGCGGCAUGCGUGCGAAGGGCGCACCUGGCGCGCAUCGCGGAGCACGUGCGGACGUGCCCGAAAUGCGUUGACAAGCUCGUGGUGUUGCUUGAUGGCAAGCACGGCGCCCGCCGAUUCAUCUGCGGCGGCUUGGAGGGCUAUGAACCCAUGGAGGGCCUGGAGUUGGAGUUGUACACUGGCUGCCAACGGAAUGCCCCCACGAAACAAUUCUUUUGCAAGUUCUGCCGCCCGUCCAAGAUAGAGCAAGCGCACUUGAUACCCCAGAAGGAGAUCUUGGGCGUCGCUCCUCCAGGACCGGCCGCUGACGGCGACUCCGCGCUGCGGUACGUGGUGAGCUGCUACGACCCCGAUUUGCCAGAACGCCCCUUCGAGGUGCACUUGCCGCGAGCCGAGGUGGAGAAGGACUUGUUGGCGAAGUUCGAGAAGUCGCUGCUUCGGAGCCGGGGCGAUCACGGCAACAAGAAGUCGCGCCCGGCGUGGAUCAAGGGAAGCCGGCAAUUUGCGCGCUGGCUGAGGAAACAGGCGCCGGCUUGUGAGCCGGCCAGCUCGGUCGCGGCGAGCAAUGGCGCAGGCGCCCGGGGCGGGGCAAAGAAGGCUCGGCGUGGCUCUGCUUCUCGGGCGCCUGCCCGGAAGGCUGCCCAGGCGGUCAGGAGUGGCAAGGGCAAGGCCGCGGGCAUUUCCCGCCGAUCAGGAAGAGGGAGUGCCAGCGGGGCCUUGGCCACGGCACCGAAGCGGUCAGCUCCAGCCAAGUCGAAGAAGCGGCCGGCGGCGGCCGAUGUGAGCAGCAGCGCAAGCAGUGCCCACUCAUUGAGGAGCCGCUGCAAGGGAUGGCUUGCUCUGGACAGCAAGCAGGAGGAAGCUAUCCAGGCGUGCGGCGUUGACAAACUCCACGGGAGCAACAAAGUCAGACGCUGCACUGGAGGCAUCGUGACAGCAGUAACAUCGUGCGGCAUGCUGGUGGACUGGAUGGAGCUCUUCCGGGGCGAGUCCAUCGAGCUGCUAUAUGCGUUCGCGCUGCGGCUUCACAAGGAUGGCCGCGAGCUGGGCUUCGUCAUUGCGGCCCUGGGGUACGACAAUGCGUGCAAGCUUCUGUCACUUGCCCGGGCGAAGGAAACGCAGUUCCUACCAUGGACGAAGUCUUUCGUGGAGGAAGUGCGGAUGGUGUUGGACAGGUUCCACCGGGACAACCACACCUGGUGUUUGAACAACAUGCCAGAAGUGGACCCCCUGAGGCCAGAUAAUGCCAAGUUGUUGGACAAGAAAAACACGGAGGCAUGUGAGCAGUUGAACUCUUGGAUCAGCGGGAGGACACGGAGUGGCCUCGAGAUGACGCGGGGGCACUUCCAGAUGCACUGGUGGAUCCUUUUUGACGCCCACAACCAAUGGCUCGAGCGAGAAGCGGCAUGCGAGCGCAGGCGUUGCGAGGCGGGGCCCAUGCAGCGCCGGGAGAGUCGCCGCCCGGGUCGCGGCGCAGACGCAAGCCAACAGUUGCCAGCAAUGACGAAAGGAGAAAUCCGGACCUUGUACCGCAUCCUGGAGAACCAGAACCCGUUCCCCGAAGAAGCUGCGCGCCGGGCGACGCCACUCAUGUGGAAGGUGGCCUCGGCGCUGGGCAAGGCGACAUCUCUGCACGCUUCGUGUGUCUACGUCCACCUCAUGAUUCUGGUAGCCACAACGCUUGGGGCAGUUCAACUCAGGUACGGUGGCAUACUAUCCCGACACUGCAACUUGCUCAUGCUACAGCAUGGCGAACCUGGCGACGGAAAAUCAAUCGCCCUCUGGCUGGACGUGCAGGUGUUAGGAUUCUACGACAUGAUACGGGAGAGGCGCUCCAAGAAGAAGUACGAGGAUGCCGCCCAGAAGCACAAGGACGACCCAGACAAUAACCCAGAGCCAGCAAAAGAACACGCCAAAGACACGAUCUUCAACAAGGGUACCUUCAUCGGUCUCGGGAACUUCAUGCAGGCGCAAGGGGAAACGGCGUUUCUCGCGCUGCACGAGGGGAAGACGUGGCUACCGCAGACCUUCGACAACGGGCCAGGCGGCGGCAUCGAUGAUCUGAACCAGAUUCACGAUCAUGAUCUGUACAAGAACCACCCUGGGAACACGCAGAACCGUUUCUUGGUGCGGAACCCGCACUUGUGCGGUGCGGUCAUGAUGCACAUUGAGGAAGUGUACGAGCAAGCACAGAAGCCCGACACAACAGCAGGCAUGAUGAGAUUCCUGAUCGGCCACUUCACCGCCGUCGUGAACAAGAUCCUACCCGAUGUACCAGCACCUCAGGUGGCGCGCCUCCUGGAGGACGAUCCAGAUUACUUCAACGACUUGGAAUACGACCAUGUAGUGACCGCUAUCGGGAAGGUUAUGCUGACGGCCUCGGCGCUGUACGUACGGGGAGAGGAGCGCCCGGACGAGAAGAACAAGAAGAACAGGUACUCCAAGGUGCGUGGGACGCAUUUUCUGCCGUGGGCUGAGGACGUGAUGGAGCACUUCCGCAAGCAAUUCAACUCGGCUGCGGACUACGUGCGGGAGGAGGCGCGCGCGUCGAAGGGCGCGGACGAAGACAGUGGAUAUGCCACUGCGCGGAAGGACAUGACGAGGACGCUCCAGUUCAUCCCGCCUUUGGACAUAGGCGAGAAGGUCAUCGACUACUUGCUGCAGAAGGCUGGCAAGACGCCGGACAUGAUCAGGGAGAUGACCGGCGAGGAGAUCGUGAACUGCCUCGGGGAGGGCGAGGUGCCUCUUGACUUCGUGGACUCCGUGGACCGGGUCGCCGUCGCCCCGGAGAUUCAGGGGCCAACGCCGCAUUUCCGGAACCCUUUGUCCUCUGGGUCCCAGGGCCAGCCCGCGCAGGUCGCCCAGAACUGGGACAUGAAGGCUUUCGCGCAGAAUCCAUGCACGACAGAGGUCCAGAUCCACGCCGCACACGUGGACCUCAUCCUCUUGAGCAUGAUGGGCUUCCUCGCAGUGGGCCCAGGCCGCGCGACCCUCGCAGCGUACAGGCGGGACAGCGAGAGCUUCGUCAAGGCGUGCAACAGGAUGCUGGAUUGGGACCCGGACGUAUCCAUGGAGGAAUUGCGGCAGAUUGCGCCAGAAGCCGACGAGGACUCGGUGGCGGGUGACCAUUCUGUUGCCGACAGGCUCUGCCGUGGCGUGAAGGACCUGUUGGAGGGCAAGGCGGUGGACUUCGCGAGCUUGCAGUCGAUCGAAGCGCCCCACGCCGAUAAUGUACCGCUUGAGCCCAUCCCCGCAUCCCAAGUAGUCCCGGCGACGCCUCCAGAGGCAACGGGGGCGGCGGUGCCUGGUGAACAGGCGAAGGGAGUGGCGGGACUAACCCAAGCUGCGUCCGGGGUCGAUGAGACUGAGGGAUCGGGGUCGCGGCCGUUGAAGAAGUUGCGCAUGGAGCCGCCCCUGCAGGCGGAGGAGUUCAAGACAGAUGCCGGACUGAAGAAGAGGAUGUUGCUGUCGGUGCUGCAGUCGUCGCAAGAUCCGCACACCUUGAGCAAGAAUGCGAGCUCCUUCAGGGGCAACGCUGACACCGUCGAAGCGGCGCUCCGCGUGGUGUUCCGCUUCCUGGCGGCUGCUGGGCUGGCUGUGUGGAGCCAGGGUAAGAGCAACAGCGGCGUCUCCGUGCGGGGCCCGCCCCAAGUGCACGCCGAGGCAGUGUGCAAUGAGAUCGCGGAGAAGCUCGGGUUGCAAGCCCGUGCCAAGAGCAAGCUGCAGGAGAGCUUGGUCGCGAAAGCCACGGAGGGCGACUUCAACGUGGACGAGUUCAAGCGCGUGAGCGCGCUGCUGGGCGACAGCCUGAAAGAAGCGUGA